AUGUCGGGUCCACUGCGGCAGGCGACGUUUACCUUGCAUCGGACGGCACUCGGAUGCUGCCAAACCUCUGCCACAUUGCAGCCAGUUCGAGCUUUAGUCACACCAUUGAGACAGCAGAAGCGAUAUGCUCGAGUGCUUGAUAUCGAUAUUCGACGGUUCUUGCAGACUCAGCCAGAUAUUGCCGAAAAGUACAAGCAUCUUCUAGAGAAGAAGGCGAAGAGUGAAGGUCUCGAGUCCGUCGACGACCUCAAAGUCGCCUACAAGCCCAAGAUCGAGCAGUAUAAACGGGACUCUCUAGCUCCUCCAGAGCUUCCCGGGAACCUCGCUCACGACGGCGUUCCUCCUCCGUCUCCGUCAUCGUCUCCAAUCGACCCCUCCUCCGUAACUUCCACGUCUCCAACAACGCAACCCAAGACCGCUCCUCCCCAAAUCCCCAAAUCCAGCAAUCAAAAGUCUCUAGAUUCCAUAAUUGAUACCUCCAAGAUCCUCCUCCACGAUGCCAAAGAAAUCGAGUAUAUCUGGCGUGCCCGUCACAUCUCCGACGAAAACUCCCUUUGCGCCAUAGUCCCUCUAGAAACUUACCGACGUAUCGAAAAGGCCGCAAAAAGACACCCAAUGUUCGUUCUCCCGUUACCAAGACCCGAUCAAGGCAUCGAACUCCACUUCCUACAAUGGCAAUUCUCGUCACCGACCACCGUGAACGUCAUGUUCACUUCUUUGAUAGAGUAUAAACUUCGUGGCGAGUUUGCUUCACCGCAUACGACGGUUACACACCAUCUGGAUAUUUCGGAGGAGAAGGGAAUCGUUUUGCUUCAAGGAUCGGUUGUCGAGAAUAAGGGUGUAAGCGUAGAAGAAGCCAAAUGGUUGUUGAUGGCUUUACAGAAGUUCUAUGGUGCUGAAGAGGGUGUUCCUGGUGCCGGUGAGGAAGUUGGACGAAGACGGGAAUUGCUUCGCCUAUUUUCGGAAGGGAAACAGGAAUUUGAUGUUCAGAUGUUGAUCAAGGAAGUAGAAACCAUUAAUUGA